CCGCCGCCUCCAUUGCCAAUGAGGCCGCUGCCGGCCAAGAUGGCGGAACUUCCGCUCGUUCCGAGGCGGCUUCCGGGUCGCUCCCAGAGAAACUUCCGGGUCACUCCCAGAGGAACUUCCUCCCGCCUUCAGGCAACUUCCGCCCUCUCCCUGAGGCGACUUCCGCCUCCCAAGAUGGCGGCGUUGGCGCUGAGGGCGCUGCGGGGGCGGCUUCUGUGGGCGGCUCCGGGGACAGCGAGGCGAGGCCUCGGCACCGCCCGGGAUUUCCCAUCGCUGGAGGAGAAGCCGCAGUUCCCCGGAGCCUCAGCUGAGUUUGUGGAUCGCCUGGAGUUCAUCCAACCCAAUGUCAUCUCUGGGAUCCCCGUGUACCGUGUCAUGGACCGACAGGGCCACAUCAUCAACCCCAGCCAGGACCCGCAGCUGUCCAAGGAGCUGGUGCUGAAGCUCUACAAGACCAUGACGCUCCUUAACACCAUGGACCGCAUCCUCUACGAGUCCCAGCGGCAGGGCCGGAUUUCCUUCUAUAUGACCAACUAUGGUGAGGAGGGGACACACGUGGGCAGCGCGGCGGCGCUGGAUGACACCGACCUGGUGUUUGGGCAGUACCGCGAGGCGGGGGUGCUGAUGUACCGGGGGUACCCCCUGGAUCUCUUUAUGGCUCAGUGUUAUGGUAAUGCCAGCGACCCCGGCCGAGGUCGGCAGAUGCCCGUGCACUACGGCUGCCGUGAGCGCCACUUCGUCACCAUCUCGUCCCCUCUGGCCACACAGAUCCCACAAGCCGUGGGGGCUGCCUACGCCAUCAAACGCGCCGACACCAGCCGGGCCGUCAUCUGUUAUUUUGGGGAGGGGGCUGCGAGUGAAGGGGACGCCCACGCCGGCUUCAACUUCGCUGCCACCCUGGAGUGCCCCAUCAUCUUCUUCUGCCGUAACAACGGCUACGCCAUCUCCACCCCCACCUCCGAGCAGUACCGGGGGGACGGCAUCGCGGCUCGGGGUCCGGGUUAUGGGCUGCUCUCCAUCCGCGUGGAUGGCAACGAUGUCUUUGCUGUUUAUAACGCCACCAAGGAAGCGCGGCGCCGCGCCGUGGCUGAGAACCAGCCCUUCCUCAUUGAGGCCAUGACGUACCGCAUUGGCCACCACAGCACCAGUGAUGACAGCUCUGCCUACCGCUCUGUGGACGAGGUGAACUAUUGGGACAAACAGGACCACCCCAUCUCCCGCCUGCGGCAUUACAUGCAGGGCAGGGGCUGGUGGGACGAGGAGCAGGAGAAGGGCUGGAGGAAAAGCUCCCGCAGGAAGGUGAUGGAGGCGUUUGAGCAGGCGGAGCGCAAACCCAAACCGAACCCACAGCACCUUUUUACCGACGUGUAUCGCGAGAUGCCCCCGAACCUGCAACGGCAACGAGCGGCUCUCGAGCGCCACCUGCAGCACUACGGGGAGCAUUACCCCAUGGAGCUCUAUGAGAAGUGAGACCCCCCCCCAAACUGACACCCACCCCACACAACUCAACCUGACACCCCUGGGACCCCCAUACAAAUGGGAGCCCCCUCUCCACCUCAACCUGACACCCCCAGGACCCCCAUCUUAAUGGGUCCCUACAGCACUAUGGGGAGCAUUACUCCAUGGAGCUCUAUGAGAAGUGAGACCCUCCCCCACCUCAACCUCACACCCCCCAGACCCCCAUCCUAAUGGGACCCCCCCCAACCUGACACCCCCAGGACCCCCAUCCUAAUUAAUGGGUCCCUACAGCACCAUGGGGAGCAUUACUCCAUAGAGCUCUAUGAGAAGUGAGACCCCCCCCCAAACUGACACCCACCCCACACAACUCAACCUGACACCCCCAGGACCCCCAUCCUAAUUAAUGGGUCCCUACAGCACUACGGGGAGCAUUACCCCAUAGAGCUCUAUGAGAAGUGAGACCCCUCACCCCAAACAUGACACCCACAGGACCCCCAUCCUAAUGGGAGCCCCCUCCCCACCUCAACCUGACACCCCUGGGACCUCCAUACUAAUGGGUCCCUACAGCACUAUGGGGAGCAUUACCCCAUAGAGCUCUAUGACAAAUGAGACCCCUCCCCACCCCCAACCUGACACCCCCAGGACCCCCAUCUUAAUGGGAGCCCCCUCCCCACCUCAACCUGACACCCCUGGGACCCCCAUAUUAAUGGGUCCCUACAGCACUAUGGGGAGCAUUACCCCAUGGAGCUCUAUGAGAAGUGAGACCCCCCCCCAAACUGACACCCACCCCACACAACUCAACCUGACACCCCCCGGGACCCCCAUCUUAAUGGGAGCCCCCUCCCCACCUCAACCUGACACCCCUGGGACCCCCAUACUAAUGGGUCCCUACAGUACCAUGGGGAGCAUUACCCCAUGGAGCUCUAUGAGAAGUGAGACCCCCCCCCAAACUGACACCCACCCCACACAACUCAACCUGACACCCCUGGGACCCCCAUCCUAAUUAAUGGGUCCCUACAGCACUAUGGGGAGCAUUACCCCAUGGAGCUCUAUGAGAAGUGAGACCCUCCCCCACCUCAACCUCACACCCCCCAGACCCCCAUCCUAAUGGGAGCCCCCUCCCCACCUCAACCUGACACCCCUGGGACCCCCAUACUAAUGGGUUCCUACAGCACCAUGGGGAGCAUUACCCCAUAGAGCUCUAUGACAAAUGAGACUCCUCCCCAUCCCCAACCUGACACCCCCGGGACCCCCAUCCUGAUGGGACCCCCGCCCCCCCCCAGGGAUGUGCUCUGCUAAUAAAUGCGGCUGUGUGUCCGACCCA